ACCAUCAACAAGAGCUUCCCCAAACCUCACACAUUGCGAUAUACCAACCUAUCUAUCCCUCUUAUUCCAAUACCUCACCCCAAUCGUACCUGUGACACCUCAGAUUACUCUCCUCACCCGCAAAGAUGUCCGGGGAAGCUGUUAUGAGGCCCGAUAAGGACCACUCGGCCGACGUCGACAAACAGCUUCCAGAGGCAGAAGAGCUGGCCAAGACGAACAUACAGGCAGCUAUUGAAAAGCUGACGGCGCUGGAGAAGCAAACGAGACAGUCGUCAGAUCUUGCUUCCACCUCGCGAGUUAUUGUCAAGAUAGUCACACUAAGCAAAGAUUCGGGGGACUGGAACCUGGUGAACGAGCAGGUCUCUCUGCUGUCGAAGAAGCAUGGACAACUCAAGCAGGCGAUUACAAAGAUGGUGCAGGUCGUGAUGAGCUUCCUGGACGAGACGCCAGAUCUCGAGACGAAAUUAUCGGUUAUCGAGACACUACGAACGGUGACGGAGGGGAAGAUUUUUGUCGAGGUGGAGCGGGCUCGUGUCACAAAGGUUCUCUCGGAUAUCAAGAAGGAGCAGGGCGACCUCAAGUCUGCGGCGGACAUCCUGUGCGAGUUGCAGGUCGAGACAUUCGGGUCAAUGGAGCGUAGGGAGAAGACGGAAUUUAUCCUCGAACAGGUCGCAUUAUGCAUAGAGAAUGACGACUGGACACAGGCUGGUAUUCUCAGCAGGAAGAUCAGCACGAAAUACCUUGCACGACAGAUCCCGAAGUCACCAGAGCAGUUGGAGAAGGAGGCCAAGGAGCGCGAGAAGAGGAGAAACAGGGGCGAGGAUGUGCCGGAAGUUAAGGAGGAUGAUGUCACAGACCUGAAGUUGAGGUAUUACGAGCAACAGAUUAUCUUGGCCAAGCACGACAAGAAGUAUCUCGAUGCUUGCAAGGACUACAGACAGGUCCUUGAUACCCAGGCAGUAGAGGAUGACCCAGAGAAGUUACAUGCAACCCUCCAGCGCGUUAUCUACUACGUGAUCCUCGCUCCAUACGACAACGAGCAAUCCGAUCUCCUCCACCGCAUCCAUGCUGACACACGCAACACCCAAAUCCCCGUCGAGGCCGAGCUCCUCAAGCUCUUCACCAUCCACGAGCUGAUGCGCUGGCCCGAAGUAGAGAAGCACUUCGGACCGCACCUGUGCGCUACGGACGUCUUUGAUCAAAAUUCGGCGGACGCGAAGUACCGCUGGAACGAACUGCGCAAACGCGUUAUUGAGCACAACGUCCGCGUUGUUGCGAAGUAUUACACGCGUAUCCAGAUGGGCCGACUUACCCAGUUGCUGGACCUAACAGAGGAGGAGACGGAGCAGUACAUCAGCGAGCUUGUGACUGCCAAGACGGUGUUUGCCAAGAUUGACAGACCAGCACGACUAGUCAGCUUUGAGAAGAAGAGGGAUGCGGAUGAUGUGUUGAACGAGUGGAGUGGGAACAUGAAGAGCUUGCUUGGGCUGCUGGAGAGGAUCGACCACUUGAUCACGAAGGAGGAGAUGAUGGCCAGGAUUGCACCGAAAGGCGAGAAGUCAACUUAGACGGGUAUCGGGAUGAUAAAUUGGGAGGCGUGAUAUGGUGUACUAUAUAAUAGCCUAGACCAAACGGUUCUUACAAAGCCAGGAAUCUAUCUUUGGUAUAUGUCAGCGUGAACAUCUAAUAUCUAUGCCGUCUUCGAUGUAUCCCAUAUUUCUCACCAACGGUUUUAUCUUCCAGUGGUUCCCCUCUCAAAAUGGGACAUCCAUAUCUUCGACGUUCGCAUCCUCCUCCUCCUUUGAAACUCCGCCGCCCUCAAUAGCUUGUCUAAUAAACCCUACCAAAGCAGCUACCCACUCCUUCCCAAUUGGCACAAAGUGACCUCCUGGGUGCACAACCACAUCUCCUCCAACCCUAUCCACUAAACCUCUCGACCUACUCUCCUCGACAACCGUGUCCAGGCCUCCAAUAAAAUGCAGCGUCUUCGUUAUCCCCUCGCACGCCUCAUAAAGUCCCUUAUAAUCGUCAUGCGGCGCAAAGAACCCAGAAUACACAAC